AUGGAGGUGGAGUCCGUGGAGCCACAGUCACUGAAGAAGCUAAGCUUCAAGUCUCUGAAGCGCGCUCUCGAUCUCUUCUCUCCCAUCCAUGGACACCUCGCUCCUCCCGAUGCCGACAGCAAGAAAAUUCGCAUUAGCCACAAGGUGAGCGUGGAGUAUGCUGGAAUCAAAAGCACUGUCAAUCAACCUCCUCGUCAAGUUAGUUCUGCUGCACAGGAUCGCGCCCAACAAGCAGGGCCCUCGAAUGUUCUUGCUCUUCCAGGUCCUGGAGAUUCCAAAGAUUCUCAGAAAGGACGAUCCCAAAAUGCAUUGGUUGUUGGUCCAGCUAUGCCAUCCACAACACCGAAUGAAACUGGCUUUCAGAGCAAAAGUACAGCAAUUAUUUCUGCCUCUGGUUCGUCUGAGAGGAACUUAUCAACAUCUGCUUUGAUGGAAAGAAUGCCAAGUAAAUGGCCACGUCCUGUAUGGCAUGCACCAUGGAAGAACUACAGGGUCAUCAGCGGUCACUUAGGAUGGGUGAGAUCUAUUGCAAUUGAUCCCAGUAACACAUGGUUUUGUACUGGUUCUGCAGACCGAACUAUCAAGAUAUGGGACUUGGCAAGUGGAGUUUUAAAGCUCACAUUAACAGGCCACAUUGAACAAAUUAGAGGACUUGCUGUUAGCAGCAGGCAUACAUACAUGUUCUCUGCUGGUGACGAUAAACAAGUCAAAUGCUGGGAUCUUGAACAGAAUAAGGUCAUUAGGUCUUAUCAUGGUCAUCUGAGUGGUGUUUAUUGCUUGGCACUUCAUCCCACUAUUGAUGUUUUACUAACUGGAGGACGAGAUUCUGUCUGCCGGGUUUGGGAUAUACGUAGUAAAAUGCAGAUUCAUGCUCUUUCAGGUCAUGAUAACACUGUCUGCUCUGUGUUUACCCGGCCAACGGAUCCCCAAGUUGUUACGGGUUCACAUGACACGACCAUCAAGAUGUGGGACCUAAGAUAUGGUAAAACAAUGUUAACUCUCACAAACCAUAAAAAAUCUGUUCGAGCAAUGGCCCAACAUCCCAAAGAGCAAUCUUUUGCAUCUGCUUCAGCUGACAAUAUUAAAAAGUUCAACCUUCCAAAAGGAGAAUUUUUGCACAAUAUGCUCUCUCAACAGAAAACUAUCAUCAACGCAAUGGCUGUCAAUGAGGAAGGUGUGAUGGUUACUGGAGGUGACAAUGGCAGUAUGUGGUUCUGGGAUUGGAAGAGUGGUCACAAUUUCCAGCAAUCCCAAACCAUUGUGCAGCCUGGUUCACUGGACAGUGAAGCUGGUAUUUAUGCUUGUACCUAUGAUCUUACUGGUUCGAGGCUUAUAACUUGCGAAGCUGACAAGACGAUAAAAAUGUGGAAGGAAGAUGAGAAUGCCACUCCAGAAACCCACCCCCUUAACUUCAGGCCUCCUAAAGAUAUCCGUCGAUUCUAG